UUACGCGCGCCGCUCGGCGACUCUUCUUUCCGGCUGCCCCUCGCUGGCGUCCCCGUCCCCCCCCGGUGGCCGUCGCCGCCAUGAAUAGCGUAGGCGAGGCUUGUACGGAGCUGAAGCGGGAGUACGACCAGUGCUUCAACCGCUGGUUCGCCGAGAAGUUUCUGAAGGGGGAAAGCGAAGGCGACCCUUGCGUCGAGCUCUUCAAGCGCUACCAGCUCUGCGUCCAGAAGGCUAUCAAGGAAAAGGACAUACCCAUCGAAGGGUUGGAAUUCAUGGGCCCCAGCAAAGGAAAAUCUGAAAACUCUUCCUGACCUUGAUGGGAUAUAGGAGGAACCAGAAAAGUGGCUGUUUGGACUUUGAAUCACAAUUGCAUCAGGACAUUGCAGUUUCUGCCUCAUAAAUGCAGCUUCAUCUUUAAUGACAACUGAGGGUGGGUUUUAUAUGAUGUUAUUGAUCAGAUUUUUUUCCAUAUAGGUUUAAUUAAGAUGUAGGUGUAAAAGGAAUGUGAUGUGAUUUGAUAGAUACAAUGAACUGUUGUAUCUUGGUUUUCUGCAUCUUUGCUCUCUAUUGGUGCGGCUGAUGGGAGUGCUAGAAAGUGCCCUCAGUGUUGGCUAUCGAAAGGCUGAAAGAUACAGCACUUAAGCAGUGCUGUGGAGAAACAUUACUUCUCUCUAAAGAAUGUAGCCUCUUGCUACUGCUUCUACAAAAGAUGUGUGUGUAUAAAACUCCAAAUUCUCUCUUAACAUUCUGGUCAGGUGUAAGGAGGUUUCAAGCAUAAAGUGCUUCCUUUUGGCGAAGGGAAGCAAAAUAAAAUCUGUCUGGAACGUAACUUUUACUACUAUCUAGUAAAUAUAAAAAAGUAGCAGCAUAGUUUUAUGUUCAGUCUGAUGCAUACACACCUUAUUGAAAACAAAACUGUUACUCUUAUUCCUCUUGCCUACCUCUUGGAUUUUGUUUAGCCAGACCAUAUUGUGAAAUUCACAUAUAGAUGAGAAAUCUAUACAAUGCAGGAAAUUAAAGUGUAAGCCUACCUUGUCACUCAGUCAAAGUUUCAGAUUACUGAAUGCAGUCCAUUCACUUUACACAAGUUACCUAUGUAUUUUGGUAUAUCAUCUAAGAAAUUUUAGAACAAACAAUGUAAGCAGACCUUUGGUAUGAGCAACUGAGUUGGCAUAACUUAUAAAAAGCAUACUACACUGGUGAAAAUGUAUUGCGUUCUUAGUCAUAACACUAAGGCACCUGGGUUUGGAAUUGCUUGUAAGAUUCAGGAAACAUCCAAAUCUUUGCCUCUCUUUCAUAGCUUCCCUUUAAAUUACUGCAUAAAGUUCAACUUUCAUGGUUUUAAAUUCUAGAGGGGUAGAUAGCUGUUACUCUAUGGCAGCCAGGAUAAUCUUAAAUACCAACAGCAGCCAACACUUCUGAGAGCCCAAGCUACUUGUAUCAGAAACAUGAAGUGUUAUAUUCAUUGGCAGAAAUAUGAACAUUUGGAUUCAAACUGGGAUGUGGAAGUGAUUUAUUGACCUCAUUUUGCAAUUUCUUUUUUAUAUACCUUUGUGUGUGGGGGGGUAUAUGUCUGCUAACUGGUAACAUUUCUUACUUUCAUCAAAAUAAAUGUUUAUAUCACAGUAAAUUUUAUUUUAUUGUAGCAUAAGCUUUCGAGAAUCAAGUUCUCGAACUUGAUUCUCGAAAGCUUAUGCUACAAUAAAAUAAAAUUGGUUAGUCUUAAAGGUGCUACUGGACUCUUUUUGAUUUUGCUACUACAGACUAACACGGCUAACUCCUCUGGAUCUAUCACAGUAAAUGUUAAUCUUUAUGGUGCCACAUAGCUUCUUGGUUGUGGUACCUUAUGGGAAGCUGGGCAAAUGCCUGACUUGCUUCAUAUCACAGUUAAUCAUAAACUUAAGCCUGUGUGUUUAUGAAGUACAAGACUAGGUAAUGCUUCCAUUGCCUUCCCUCAACUUCUGUUACUGAGGAGCAAAAGAAAUGAUUUUCCCUUAGCUUAUGCUUCCUGUUAAUUUUUACCAAGCCUACAGCAAGUGCCAUUCCUGAUUUUAUUAAAAGCCGCUUUGUCUUGCAGAAGGCUUUCUACGCAGUUGAAGGUAGGCUUCCUGCUUUCAUCUUGCAUAAAGAAUACAUGCACAGAUGGUGAAGAGAUGCUGCUUUAGAAUUUAAGCAGUUCUCUGUGGUCCUGGGGACAAAGUUCAUAUUCAUUCCAUCUCUGUGCAUGCUAGCCCAAUAUAGGGAUUAUCUAGCUAUGCCUAGUAGAGAAGGAAAAGGUCAAAUUCAGAUUGUAAUCCCAGAUUAUCUUACUCUGGAGUAGUUUUUAUUGGAUAUAAUAGUAUAAAGGAUCAGGCUGCAUGUGGAAAUAAUGUUUUUACAAUAGAAAGUGCCUUAUAACAUGAUUGAUCAGCUGUAUGUAUUCUAUUGUGUGCAAUAAUAGAAAUUCAAUUAGGAUAAUAAAAUUGGAAACUACA